CGACGUUUCAAUCAAAGGCGUCUUCAUCUUCAACAGUCGAUUGAGCAGAGCGCGGAGGAGAGGAGGAGGCUGAAGGCCAUUUGGAUGCACGGACGGAGGAGACAAUGGCGAGCAGCUCCAAGGCAAAGGGCGGCUCAGUCAGCGACCCCAGGGGCGUACACAGCAGAGACAAGAUCAAGCUCUGCAAUGACAUCCUCCUCGACAAUUUUGGACCGGUCGUGGCCCGGGUGGGAACGACGAUCCUGCAGCGGGGCAGGCUGACAUUCAGAGACAUUACCCGCUUCCUCUCCAUGCCAACCUCGCACCCAGCUUCAGGGCUAGACCCAAGCCAGGGCGAGACCCCUUCUCUCUCCACAGACCCGGGCCUGGGAGCCUCGACGACAGCACCCUCGUCGUCCUCGUCCUCGUCGCUCCCCGCAAAUCCGAUCAAGAAUCAGCAGCUGAUCCGCGCGGCGCUUCUGACGCUGAUCCAACACCACGUCUGCUGGCACGUGUCCUCCGACGCUGACGGUUCCCUCAUCCGGCCUGACUCGCCCGAGGGCGUACAAGGGGUGGAGUACUUUCAGAUCGAUGUCGACGAGGUGCUGGCUCGGACGCGAUUUGGUGCCUAUGCUGCCAUCAUCGAUGUGGAAUGGGGCUCUGAUGCCAGUGAUGUGGUGAUGUGCGUCUACAAGAACGGAAAGCUGCAGGCGAAAGAGGUGAUUCGGCGGCUAUGCGGGCAAGAGGGAGACGAGCAAUACGACCACAGCCGAGCUGAGCGGUACGAGGAGAUUAUGCGCGACCUUUUGCUUCACUACUACCUCCAGCCUUCGUCGCCCAUCUCUCAUACCUCGGCCAACGAUCGGAGACUAGCGUAUGAACAGGAAGAGAUGACAAGGGUACGGCGCAUGCUCAAGCCAAAGGAGCGCAUCGAGAUGCACGCUCGUGCAAGGGAGAGAGUCAGGGAGGAUGAAGAGGGCGUGUGGAAAUACACGAAUGCAGAGCUGGCAGAGAUGAGCGGCAACGCCACGGAAAGAAAAGGGGUGCUCAAGAGACAAAAGAGGAAAGCGGUCACAGCCAAUGGCAAUGGCAAGGCGACGAAGAAAAGGCGAAAGGAUGAAGGCAGCCGUAAGAAAACAUCGAGUCGAUCCAAGAAAAGCAGCAAAUUGGCAUUGAGCGACAGCGAAGACGACGAAGCUGGCGCCCAUGCCGCUGGCGAUGAUUCGCAGGAGUUGUACAUUGAUCCGCAGGUGUUUUUGCGGGUCAAUCUUGAUCGAUUCGACGUUCACAUUCGAGAUCAAGCCAUCUUUAAGGCUACAGAGGCCCGCUACAACACCACCACAGCCGAGGUCUUGUCUUCGAUGAUCGACAUGAGCGCUCGCCUCGACGCUUCCCACGCGCCCAGCAUCCGGACCCCAGAGUCGCGCAUCAUCAACGUCCACUCGUUGCGGGAACACAUCUCGCCGCACAUGCCUUUGAAGAAGGUCUUUGAGCGAAACAGCAUCAAGGACCUGUUCGGGUCCGAUACGAGUCAAAGUGGCCUUUUGGCCGAGGUGAUUGCCUUGCUCAGCUGCUCAGACAACAUUGCAAGCCGGGGUAGUCGAUUCGUUGGGCCCUCUUCGAGCUCUGAGCUUGGAAGUGGCCACACGGUGGGAGCAGGGGGCAGCAGGACGCCGAGCAACUCAGUGGUGCAGUUUGACAAUAUCGCAAAGGUGCUCAGAGGCCAGCUACUGCGCGACGUCGUCGAAAGUCAAUUCGGCACAGCGGGCGCCAGGGUUAUGACGUUGCUUCAAGAAAAGGGAAAGCUAGAGGAGAAGCAUAUCUCGAAACUGUGCCUCAUCACCAUGUCUGAGACCCGAGAUAUUUGCGCUCGUCUCUUUGCCUCGUCGCUCCUGGCUCUACAGGAAGUGCCGCGUUCGGCCGAUCGAGCCGCAGCGAGGACUGUUUUCCUGUGGUACGUGGACACAGAAAAGUGUAUUUCGUGGCUGUCAGACCACCUGUACAAGACGAUGAGCCGGCACUGCCAAAGAAGGAGGGAAGAGGAGCGGAGGGAACAGGACCUGGUGCGAAAGGUCAGACGGACGGACUUGGAGUCGAUGGCGCAAGAGGAUCAGGCCGCAUCGGGAGGCGAGGUGGCAGUCUCUACGAAGGGCGACGAGGCAACGGACCGGACCUUAUCGCUCCUGGGCGUCAUUGAGAGAAGGCGCUACCUCAAGCUAAGGAAGAGGCUUGAGAUCAUAACGUUGGGCGAAUUCAAGACGGCCAUGAAUCUCUUUAUUCUUUAUUGGGCCUCUCAGGUCGACUCAUGAUUACAUCCAUCAACUAAUGGUGACAUCUUAUCUGUACAACGUCAAUCUCUAUACAACCUGUUCACUGUCGGCUUGCGCUGAAAUUGAGGAUCUGUCCC